AUGGCGCUAAUCAUAGUGUCAGGCCUAGCCAGCUCCGGCCGCUCGAUCCGCUCCGCACUGAUCAAGCAAGAUAUCGAACGCAGAAUCAAGGAAGCCGGCUCCUCCUCCUCCUCUUUGACACUUCAACUUCCUAACCGGGUGGUAAUCGUCUCUGACCACGAUGUUCACGUCGCAAGAUCCGCCUAUUCCUCACAACGAACAGAGAAGCCGGCAAGAGCGUCCUAUCUCUCUGCCGUGACACGUGCGCUAGGCAAGGAUACGAUCGUUAUUGCUGAUGGCGGUGCAGGUCUAAAUAUCAAAGGCUUUCGAUAUCAGCUCUGGUGUGCGGCACGUGAAGUAGGUGUGCGCUGUCUUUCCAUCCACAUCCACGCACCGCCGCAAGUCUGCAAGUUCUGGAAUAGUAAGAGGAGGAAGGUGAGUGGUGAAGAUGCAAGCUAUGAUGACGAGACGCUCGACAGUCUUCUCAUGCGUUUUGAGGAGCCAAAUGCUAUGACCAGGUGGGAUUCACCACUCAUCAUUGUGCCAACUGUUCUCACCCCGGCAGCAUCCGAAGGAUUGCAGGAGCAGUCAGAGACAAUCGACGAAAGCAGGAUCAUCCUCGAACCAAUACCGUUCGAUGACAUCUGGGAAGCAUCCACAAAAGGAUCCGUCAACAAAGCACCCGAAGUUGUUGCUCCAACACGCUCCACAACAGCCAACUACCUCUCCAUUCUCGAAUCGUCCACCCAAACUGUCGUCUCGUGCAUCUUGCAACACCAAUCGUCUUUUGGCCUCCAACCAGGGACAGACCUACCAAUCAACCAUCCCAGCCUUACAGGGCCAUUUCCACUCUCUUUCACCCUUCCAGGCGACAAGCCAGUAACAAUGGCGUCUCUACAAAGAAUCCGACGUCAAUUUGUACGGAUGCAUAGCUCUGGCUCAGCACAGAUCAAUGAGCUUGGAAACGCAGCACGAUCUGAAGGCGUACACUUUUCCCUGACCUCACAUGCUUCUAAGGGUAAUCAAAGAGCGGGUAACGUGAAUGCAGGCCAACAACCUUCGACGGAAUAUGCUAUCGCUUCUCGCUUCCUUGCCUUCCUUGAAGGUUCUAUCUGA